GUGGUGCACCGCAAGAAGUUGACGGUUUUCAACACUUAAACCGAGCGUGUUUACGCCGGUGCCGCCAAUAGUUUUCUGUUUCCCAGGAUUUUUGUAAUAUUUUAUUGUACUUGAAAGAUGCCAACUUCCAAACUUCAUGCUAACAUGAGUUACCGCGAGGUCAUCCCGAAGAACCUCAGUCCGGCGGAGUGGAUCGAGGUGAAGAUAAAUACGGGAACCCAGAGCACUCUGCAGGACCUCAAGACAUUUGAAACCUCUGGCGGCUACUGCUACAAGAGCAGGAAAAACGUACAAACCAGGAAUCGUUUCAUUUAUUGGCGCGCCUACCAGGAUGUGCUGGAACUCUCAGAGGUCAGCUUGGACAUCACCCUGCAGCGGAAUCACCUGCGCCUGCGCUUCACCGACUCCGCCGUGCUGAACGUUUCACUCACGGAGCAGCCGAACUCCAUCACCCUAUUGGUGGUCACUGUUAGUAGUGUGCAUCGCUAUGUGUUCCCCCUGAAGAUAGCUGGGCAGGAUGGGGCCAACACUUCCCCUGAGGAUCUGCUGUCCCAGUCCAUUUUCUACGACGUCAACGAGAAGAUCAACGAUCCGAGCACCUUCUUUGUGACGGACGGCUUUGGAUCAAUGCCCAACGUGGCCGUGUCGUAUCUUUCGAAAGACUCUCAGUCAGCAUAUUUUGCGGUGGCCUACCAAAGCAAACUGCUGCUUCACAUCAUGAACUGCGUCACCGGCAACACGGUAACCCAUGAAGUCAAGGAGCCGCAUCUGAUGCCUCGGUUUCUUUCGAAUCUCAAGGGGGCCCUUACUGGCCGCUCGGAAACGCUAGAAGCAGCUACUUCCAUGGCAUUCAGCGAAAUCGAAGAGGAGCUCUUCAUCUUGGUCUUGUAUCGCAGUAAUGAGCUGAGAUUGUGGUCAGUGAGUAGUCUACAGACUGUAGCCAGCCUUAACUGCUCUGCGGGAUCGGGGCAUGGAGGAUCAAUAGCUCAAGGACCUCAAAAUAACCAGCUUCGAAAGAUAAGCGAUCAGAACUUUUGCUUAUUUAUCUCUCACGACACUCGAGCUGAGUUCAUUUGCGUGAGCAUAAUGCCAGAUUCCGACGAGGCCAGCGGUCUUAAUUUGGUACAGAACUCGGUUCCGGCGCCACAAAUGAAUCUGGUUGACUUCGAUGCCACAUCCUCGCAUAUCUGGGCCCUCUGGAGCAACGCUGAAGGAGAUUUCCACGUCUCUGCCAUUUAUUUAGGUUCAAAUAACGCAAUCAAAUGGGUUUCCGCUGCUCUAGAACCUCCACCGGAUCGCUACUGCCUGACGAUGGAGCAGGGAGUGGAUCCACGGGAAUCUUAUUGCUCCUAUAUCUUUCACCCUGGUCGGUUUGACCGCAAUGUGAUUGCUAAGGCUCUCUAUAUGUUUAGGCGCGUUAACUUGCAGUUCGAUGUGAAACAGCUUUCCAUGUCAGUGCUUAAGGAACAGGUGUGUCAGGCCGUUGAGGACGAAAUCCAAAACGAACUGAAAGACUUUGUGGUUACCGACGAGGAGUAUUUGGAGAUUUCUACGAGGCUGUGGGAUCGCUUUUACUCCUGCUGCGAACAAUACCACAUUAAGUUUUCCGAGCCCACAGGACUCGCGGUCUUAGGUGGCAUGGAUGCAGUGUGUUUGGUUAGGCGGCAAUCCUUUGCCCUGCUGCGCCCCUGUGAAGUACUGGAGCACCUUCUACUAAUCGGGGAGCACAAUGAGGAGGUGGCUACAUACGUGGCUCCACUCUUCCGCAACGAUCCCGAAAUGGCCAAGGGCUUUGUUGACCUCAUGAAUGUGGUGACUCUUUUGGAUAAGUUAAUUUCGGAGGACAUCAAAACAGAUUUAGACAAGCAGCUGUAUCAGCGGGAGUCGCCCAUUGAGGUGAUAUCCAAACUGGUGUCUAGGAUCACUGUAGGCGAUGAUAAUGGCCCGAUGAUGCCAACGAGCUGUGUGAAACAAAUUCACCAGAAGCUCCAAGAAAUACCAAACCUUAAGCCCGCUUUGGAAAUGCUGCUCGACGUACUUUGCAUGAUUGAUCCAGAUGCGCCACCGCAUGAUUAUUCCCUUUCUACACGCUUUUUGCAACCAUCUGGAGCUCUGUUGGGCAGCGAAUAUGGACUUUCCAUUUUGUCCGAAACGGUAAAGCAAAUGGCAUCAAUACGGUUUUCAGUUUGCCGAAACCUGUUGGUAUUGCAGUACAUGGUUUAUGGCCAGGAUGGAAUGGACAGUGGAAACGUUUUAACGAACAUAAAUUAUCUGAACUCUUACUUCACCCUUGUCUGGAUUGCCGAGACGCCCAUUUCAUGGAAUACCCCACCUGGAUUUGAGGCAUCUAUACAGCGGUUGAGCCGGGCACAACUAUUUAGUGGUUAUACACGGCCAUAUUCCAGCCAUUUGCGUAAUCUUGGCAAUGACCAGACCACACUCCUCAGGCUGUUCCUGCAAUCCAAGGGUCUGUUUAGCGCUCUGUCCAUGCUUCUAAAGACGGACAGUAUGCAACUUGAGUCGGAGCAAUUAAACCUCCGACAGACUUUGCUCCAACUAGUGGGAUACAUAAAUAAGAUGCUCUGGCCCGAGUCUCCGAUUUACGUGUUUCCAGAGUGGUUGUUUGGCACCUGUCAUCACAUCAUUGUCCAGGACUAUGUGCGCAUUUUGUCUAGUUGGUGUUCCGUAAAAUCUCAUGCCAGACGCUUUAUGCUAGCAGUGUCUUUGUUGGAUUGUGGUGAGGCCCACAAGGCCGUGCAUCUUUUUCAACAAACGGCAACCGGCGUUGUGGAGGAUGACUUCCUCUUCGAGCAUGUACUUAAAAACACACCACUUUACAGUAAACUGCAGGAGUCCGUCACCCGGGGCGACAAAGUAUCCGCUGAAGAUACAAAACUUGCCAUCGUUCACUAUUAUCUGAAGGUUAUUCAGCUCUUUGAGCAGCAUUCAGCGCUUGACUACGUCAUUCAACUGGCCCAUAUGGCCAUGAGUGUGCUGCAGCGUGAUGAUCCCCAAUUGCCCAUGUUUCAGUCGAUUGUAUUUAACAAUCAUCUGCAGUUGGGACACUAUGAGGAGGCUUACUACGCUUUAGUAUACAAUGCCGACACAUCAAGGCGCAAAGAUUGCCUACGUCAGUUGGUCAUUACGCUGUUCCAGAGCAAAUGCUUGCCUCUGCUCAUGCAGUUUCCCUACAUAGGACUGCAGGAUGAGUUUGAAAGCAUUGUGGAAUCCAGGGCGCGGUCAAUGAGCAUCGAUCAGAACGACGUCUACAACUUUUUGUAUGCAUUCCAUACGAACAAGGGUAACAUGAGAAAAGCUGCUACGGUUAUGUACGAGCAGGCCAUGCGCUUUCAAGUAGACAGCGAUGCCCCUAACGCGCUGGAGAAGCGCUGCUCUUCGCUCUUAAUUUGUCUGAACUGUUUGCACUUAGUAGACAGCCGCUAUAGGUGGAUUGCCAAGCCCACAAUUGGCGACGAGAGGGUUGCAUCCAUGGAUCAGAAUAAUGACGACGGUGAACCCAAGGGUGAUGACGAUAAAAACAGUCAAGAGGUGAUUGUCCUAGAGCUGGCCGAUAUUCGAAGGGAACUGGUGCACGCUGAAGCCUUACUUGAGCUCUCGCACUACCGCAAAGAUGCUGCUGCUUAUGAGCGGUCUUCACCAGAAGAGUUGUCCUACCUCCUAGCAAGCUGUGGGUUGUACACGGCCGCCCUGAAACUUUCCCGGGGUCACUCCUUUUCCGUGCUGCCUAUAUUUGAGAGUCUGACAGUGGCUUGUGUCACUGCCACCGAGGACAAGUCCGUGGAUGCUUGGAACUGGCUUCAGAACAACGACAUGGCAGAUCUCCCCCAUCGAAGUAAUGCUGCCGAUAUGUCCUGGACUUUGCUCCAGAAACUGGUGGUGGAUAACGAGGCAAAGGACUCCACAUUGAUAAGAAAGAGCGUGGUUCAAAGGCUGCUUGUUUUGAAUGCUUUCGUGCCUCAGUGGCUAGUGGACUCUUAUAAGUUAUCCCAUUCCCGAGAGCUUCUCCAGUUGUUUGUCAAGCAUAACCGCCUGCUGGAAGCCGCUGAUCUAGCCUGUGAAAUGAUUGCCGGCAUGCUGGGAGCAGGCAGCGAGUAUUUCGAUUUCAAACACUCGGUCAAUGUUACAAAUCCUCAGCUUUCCUUCCCCAUCAACACAAUCGAUCUGCUGCUGCACGCACUAAAGAUUAACGCCAAGGAGGAUAUUGAAUAUGAAAUGGCGUACAACAAACUAGAGGAGGAGGUUCAUAGGUACAUUGAUACCGUAAAGCGCACUACUGAGGACAAGAUGAGUUUGGCUAUCCUGCAGAGUCGAGAGGAACGACAGCAGCAACUACUUCAUUAGUUCGUUUUAUUCGGUUUAUUUGAUAAGUUUUUUGAAAUAAAAUCUAAAGUGUGUAAAUGUGAA